AUGCUGCGAAACACGAUUCUCGCAGCCGCGCUGCUGGCGCAGACGUGCGUCGCCGAGGGGCCGUUCCUGAAGCAGCUCAAUGGCACAACCUGGGUCAUCGGCAACGACCACUGGAACCUGACGCAGAACGCGAAGUACGGCACGAAGCUGUACUGGAAGGGCAAGGACCUGGUCGGUGAUGCUGUGGGCCACUACGUUAGCUACAACGGCGCAGCCAACGACCUCGCCUGGCUCAACGCGUCCAUCGUCCACCGCACCGACGACUACAUCGACGUGCAGUUCGACGCCGUCGAGGGCGAGUUCCACUGGGUCAUCUACGCCGACCUCGUCGGCGCGUACCAGUACUUCGUCAACCGUGCGCUGCCCGUGCUGGGCGAGUUCCGCACGCUGUGGCGCCUCGACAACGGGUCGUUCCCCAACGGCCGCACGACGGAGCGCGACGGCGCGCUGCCCGCCUACGCCGAGUACCUCGACGCGACCAAGGUGCAGGACGAGACGUGGCAGAAGGCCGACGGCACCUAUCUGACCAAGUACGACUGGAGCGCCUUCAUCCGCGAGCAGGACUACUACGGCGUGUACGGCGAUGAGUUUGGGAGCUGGUACAUCAAUCCGGGCAAGGAGUAUUACAACGGCAACCACUUGAAGCAAGAGCUCAUGGUCCACCGCGAGUCCCUCACCGGCGACGCCGUCCAGCUCAACAUGAUCCACGGCACGCACUUCCAGGCCUCGUCGUCCGACGCCUUCGCCGACGGCAAGCUCUGGGGCCCGUGGCUAUGGUACCUCAACGACGGCGACCAGGCCGACGCCGCCGCGCGCGCGGCCGAUGAAUUCGCGGCCUGGCCCUACGCGUGGUUCGAGCACGCCGGCUUCCAGGAGCGCGCCCCCAAGGUUUCUGGCCGCAUCGUGCUGGCCGACGGCCGCCCGGCCGCCGGCGCAGCCGUGUUCCUGGGCGACAACCGCCCGAACAAGACGGCGCUGGACAUGGGCACGGGGCUGUACUAUACCGCGUACGCCGACGAGGAGGGCGCGUUUGUGUUUGAGGACGUGCGCGCGGGCACGUACGGGUUGCAGGCGUGGUCGAACGGAGGCGCGCUGGCGGACGUGUCGACGUCGCUGCUGGAGAACGACGUGGUGGUGAGUUCGGCCGCGGGAGCGCCGCGACGGAGACAGGACGGCGCUGCGCUCGACCUCGGCGAGUUCGAGUGGCCGCUGCACGUGGGGCGCGAGCGUGUUUUUCAAGUCGGUGACUUUGACCGCAAGAGCUUGGGCUUCAAGCACGGUGGCGCGCCGUAUCAGCACGCGCUGGUCAGCGACUGCCCUGCGGACCUGACGUUCAGGGUUGGCGAGAGCGAGGAUGCGGAUUGGUGCUUCGGGCAAAGCGCGCUGGGUGCUUGGGAUAUCGAAUUUGAGCUCGAUGAGGUACCGGUCAACCGGACGGCGAUCUUGACCGUGUCUCUGGCGGGAUACUCGCAGGGGACGAGCGCGAAUAUUUUGGUCAACGGCGAGGCGAACAAGGUGGGCAACCUGACCAGCGGCGUUAUCCCGAGCGACCAGUGCUUGUAUAGGUCGGCGACUACGGCGGGCGAGUGGCAUUUGUUCGAGUUCCCGUUCAACGGCGCCAGUGUGUUGAAGGAGGGGUUGAACACGGUUAGUUUUAACGUGACGGCGAGCACCCUGUGGCGCGGAUUCUUGUGGGACAGUAUCAUCCUGGAGUGGGUUUAG